ACUUGGGCUGUGAGUUACUCAGCAGCCAGAGAGAAAGAGCCUGUGUGUGUGUGUGUGUGUGUGUGUGAGAGAGAGAGAGAGAGAGAGAGUGCGCUGGGCGGCCGAUUAAAGACUGAGACAGGAACUAUCCAGACACACACAGACACAGAGAGAGAGGAAAUCCCCCCUGUGUUGUCUGCCAGAGCUCCGGCCGCAUGUUGUGACAGCAAGUCCGGGCAGACAGAGAGAGAAGGAGAGAGAGAGACAAGCACCUGACCCUCAGACUCUAUUUCCAGGCAGAGUGGGGGUCAGAAACCCUGCUGGAGACCCUGGAUUCAGCUCGGAGGAUGGAAGAUGAGGCUGUACUGGACAGAGGAGCCUCCUUUAUCAAACAUGUCUGUGAUGAAGAGGAAGUAGAGGGUCACCAUACGGUUUAUAUUGGGGUCCACGUCCCAAAGAGCUACCGCAGAAGGAGGCGCCGCCGGAGACGAACAGGGUCAAAGGAGAAGAACAAAGAGCGGGAAAGGUCAGCCGAGGCCUCUGAUCGCUCAGACAAUGAGAACAAUGAUGACCAGACGAACGGGAGUCUCUUCAAACCACUCAUCUCACCAGCUGCUGAGAGGAUUCGCUUCAUCCUGGGGGAAGAAGACGAAAGCCCAGCCCCACAACUCUUCACGGAAUUGGAUGAACUCCUGGCUGUUGAUGGACAGGAGAUGGAGUGGAAGGAGACAGCCAGGUGGAUCAAAUUUGAAGAGAAGGUUGAAGAAGGGGGUGAGCGAUGGAGCAAACCUCAUGUGGCUACGCUGUCCCUGCACAGUUUAUUUGAACUACGGACAUGUAUCGAGAAGGGACUGGUCCUGCUGGAUCUGGAAGCCUCUACACUCCCACAGAUUAUUGAGACGAUCAUCGAUAACCAAAUUGCUCACGGGCUUUUAAAGGCUGAGCUGAAGGAGAAAGUGACCUACACUCUGUUGCGCAAACAUCGGCACCAGACCAAGAAAUCCAACCUCCGCUCGCUGGCUGAAAUCGGGAAGACAGUGUCGAGUGCAAGUAGGCUGUUUUCCGCCUCAGAUAAUGCUUGCAGUCCACUCAAGAACUCUGUGCCUUGCCUAGCAUUCCGAUGCUCAGACCAGGACCUCCGAGCCCAGCAGAGCCUAAGCAUGGCACUGCUCAGCAGCCCCGGAUUAACCCAUCGGAACCUGACUUCAGGAAGCAUGAACGAUAUCUCGGACAAACCGGACAAGGACCAGCUUAAGAACAAGUUCAUGAAGAAGCUCCCACGCGAUGCAGAAGCGUCGAACGUGUUGGUGGGUGAGGUGGAUUUCCUUGACACUCCCUUCAUUGCCUUUGUCCGCCUGCAGCAAGCUGUGAUGCUGGGUGCUCUGACCGAGGUUCCCGUUCCAACCAGGUUUCUGUUUAUUCUGCUUGGACCUAAAGGCAAGGCAAAAUCAUACCAUGAAAUUGGGAGAGCAAUCGCCACACUCAUGUCUGAUGAGCUAUUUCACGACAUUGCCUACAAGGCGAAGGAUAAUGCCGAUCUCCUGGCCGGGAUUGACGAGUUUCUGGAUGAGGUGAUCGUCCUUCCUCCUGGAGAGUGGGAUCCUGAGAUCAGGAUAGAACCUCCAAAGUCAUUGCCUUCAUCUGACAAAAGGAAGAACAUGUUUGCUGGAGGGGAAGCUAUUCAGAUGAACGGAGACAUGCCUCAUGAUGGGGGACACGGAGGUGGCGGGCAUGAAAUCCCAGAUGAACUGAAGAAGACUGGAAGGUUGUUUGGUGGUUUUGUGGCUGAUAUCAAAAGGAAGAUCCCGUGGUUUGCCAGUGAUUUUUACGAUGCACUGAGCAUCCAGUCACUUUCUGCCGUUCUGUUUAUUUACCUGGGGACUGUGACCAACGCUAUCACCUUUGGUGGUCUCCUUGGGGAUGCGACUGACAACAUGCAGGGUGUACUGGAGAGUUUCCUGGGCACAGCAGUUAGUGGAGCUGUCUUCUGCCUUUUCGCUGGGCAGCCACUCACCAUCCUGAGCAGCACAGGCCCAGUUCUAGUCUUUGAACGUCUCCUCUACAGCUUUAGCAAAGACAAUGGCUUUGACUACCUCGAGUUCCGUCUGUGGAUUGGUUUGUGGUCAUCCUUCCUCUGUCUGAUUCUUGUUGCCACUGAUGCAAGUUCCCUGGUGCGUUACUUCACUCGCUUCACUGAGGAAGGCUUCUCAUCGCUCAUCAGCUUCAUCUUUAUCUAUGAUGCCUUCAAGAAGAUGAUCAAGCUGUCUCACCACUACGCAAUUAACACAGACUUCAAAGAGGACUACGUCACUCUGUUUGGAUGUGCAUGCCUCCCACCUGACCAAGGUGCUAAUUCAAGCUUUCAUUGGAAUGACACUGACUCAGCAAAUCCAACCAUCGUCACUAUGGUCAAUAGCAGCAUUCCAGUGAACAUGAGCAUUGAUUGGUCGUUGCUGUCGAAGACGGAUUGCCUGAAGUACGGUGGGGUGGUGGUCGGUACAAGUUGUGGCUUUGUUCCCGAUGUCACCUUGAUGUCAUUCAUCCUCUUCCUCGGCACUUACACCUGCUCAAUGACACUGAAGAAUUUCAAAACCAGCCCGUAUUUCCCCACCAUGAUUCGAAAACUGAUAAGUGACUUUGCCAUCAUCAUCGCCAUUCUGUUGUUCUGUGGACUUGAUGCUCUGGUUGGAGUCGAUACACCAAAGCUCAUAGUGCCAAGCGAGUUCAAGCCGACCAGCCCAAACCGUGGCUGGGUUGUAACACCCUUUGGCGGUAACCCCUGGUGGGUGUGCCUCGCGUCCGGGCUCCCAGCUCUGCUCAUCACCAUCCUGAUCUUCAUGGACCAGCAAGUUACUGCAGUCAUCGUCAACAGGAAAGAGCACAAACUCAAGAAAGGAGCUGGUUAUCACCUUGAUCUCUUCUGGGUGGCUCUCCUGAUGGCACUUUGCUCGGUGAUGGGGUUACCGUGGUAUGUAGCUGCCACUGUGAUCUCCAUCGCACACAUCGACAGCUUGAAGAUGGAGACCGAGACAUCUGCUCCGGGAGAAAUCCCGAAAUUUCUGGGUGUCAGGGAACAGCGUGUGACUGGGACGAUAGUCUUCAUUCUAACAGGUGUAUCUGUCUUCAUAGCUCCCAUACUAAAGUACAUCCCAAUGCCUGUACUUUAUGGAGUUUUCCUGUACAUGGGAGUAGCUUCUCUCAAAGGUGUACAGUUCAUGGACCGAUUGAAGUUGGUACUGAUGCCAACCAAACACCAGCCAGACUUCAUUUAUCUACGCCAUGUGCCCCUGCGCAGAAUUCACCUCUUCACCUUCAUCCAGGUGCUCUGUCUCGCUCUGCUCUGGAUCCUCAAAUCAACUGUGGCAGCCAUCAUUUUCCCAGUCAUGAUCCUCGCACUUGUUGCUGUUCGAAAAGCUAUGGACUAUAUCUUCUCCCAGCACGACCUCAGUUUCCUGGAUGAUGUAAUUCCAGAGAAAGACAAGAAAAAGAAGGAGGAUGACAAGAAGAAGAAAAAGAAGCAGAGUAUGGAUAGCGAUAACGAAGAUUUUGAUUACCCAUAUUCAGAAAAAGUUCCUGCUAUUAAUAUUUCAAUGGAUAUGAUGGAACAAGAACCCUUCCUAAGCAGAGAAAAGCCCCCGAUGUUCCUUGAACGACAUACUUCAUGCUGAUCCAAUUUUAUUUCUUCAGCCAGUCACUAUGCCAAGCCCUCCAACAACUCCAACAAGAAAUGUGCCUCAAAUAAGAAUAGAGCUUGAUCCAGACUCUGACACAGGCUCCACGUGGAGAGGAAGGGGGACUGAAACAGCACUGUAACUCUCCAUGCAACACUGGACAUGCUCAGACCUGCCAAUGCUUCGAGCUGAAUUUCUCCCAUCUUGGCAGCCACACCAUGGAAUUACGACUGGGUUACCCCCACCUCCCCGGGAAGGGGUGUGGGGUGGGGGGCACCACCUCCCUCCAUCCCUUUCGCAUCCCACCCCCCCACCCUGGUCCAAUUCAGAGACCUUCUUCCCAGGACUGGUUCCCAGCUUGAAGAACAAAUAAGAGUUGGUGGGGCAGG